UAUUUGUUUAUCUUUUGCACAAAUUACAAUGGAAUUAUCUACCUCCCCAAAGACGCCAAAACGACAAGAAACAUUAGGGCCCAUGACCCCUAUUCAAGACUGGGAAGUCGAAAGAGCCACGGUUGUGGUUGAAGCCAAAAGCUAUCGUGAAAAGGCAGAGAGAUUGGAGAAACAAUUGGAAACGGAUCGUCAAACAUACGAGAAAAAUACUGUUAGCUUACUCCGGGAAGUCAAAUUAAAAGAGUCCUUUUUGGAGAAAAAGCUAAAAGAUUCUGAAGAGAACUUGAUGGAAGAUCUUUUAAAGUUACAGCGUCAGUUGGAUGAUGAAAAAACUUUACGACAAGAGGAAAUUCAGACUAUCCGGAAUCAACACGAACUAGCAUUAGAAUCUGAAGAUAAAAAAUACCAAAGAAGAUUAACAGCUCUUCAAGAACGAUUAAAUGCCAAAGAUAAAGAAUACGCAGAGCUAUUUGAAAAGGAAAAGGAAAACAAUAACCCGGAGAGGGACCAGGAAAAGGACAAAUUGAUUGAGUCCUUGAAUUUAGAAAUCGCCAAGGAGAAAUCCGAAAAUGCUCAGCUGCGGGAAUCUAAUUCGGAUUUAUCUGCUACCAUCACGGAUUUAACUACUUUGGCCACCACAGAAAAUGAAGAACAAAUUCAGAAUGUGUCAAAAGAGUUUGAACAGCUUCGAUCCUACUGUAAAUCCAUCCAACAUAAAUUAGAAACAUCCGAGUCAAACUUGAAUCAGUAUCGCGAGCACCAAAAGGAAUAUAUACAAAAGGUUCAAGAUUUAGAAAAUGAUUUAGCUGCUGCUAAAAAGCUAUCCCAGCAACAAAAAAAGAGAUUAAGUCAAAUCGUAUCAAAUCACGAUGAUAAUAUCAAACAGCUUCAGGAGAACUUUGCACAUGAGGCUCAAUUAUCUCAAAUGACUACACAAGCCCAAUUUCAAAACCUUCAGUCCGAACACACAGAAAUGUUACGCGAGUUACGUGAGCAGCAUGAAACAGAAAAGGAAGUUUGGCGCAUAGAACAACAGUCUUUGAUUGAUGAAAUACGUCGUGACACCACGUUUGAAAAAGAGGAAGCUAUACGAGAAUUAACAAGAGAGUGGAACGAUAAAAAUGAGGAUUUAAGUGCUUCCAUGUCCAAAGACGCCAUGGAAAUUCAAACUCAUUGGGAAUCAAAGUUAGAGGAGGCUAAAUCGAAAUUCGUCUUACAAAAGACCCGUCUUUUAGGUGAAAUUGAGGUCAUCAAGGACCGUUUAGGAAAGGAAAUUCAUAGACGUAAACAAAAUCAGGCUGCAUUAGUUGACGCCCAAGAUAAAUUAGACUCUGUUCAACUUAAAUUGGAUGUUUAUCAUAAGAAAUCUGCUGAUCUGUUAAAACAACGAACCUUGAUCGACAAGGAGCUAUCCCAGUUAAAAUCCCAAAAUCGUAUUUCAUAUCGAUUGGCCCGUAGCCUCGUAGCAAUCACCUCUCCUACUGCCAUCAUUGAUCUCCGUGCUCAAUUACCGGACAUCCUGCAAACAGCCAUCCGUGACGUUUCGAUUAUGCGUAUUCAUGGUCAAACCCACCAUGAUUAUCAGAACUCUACGUUUGAUAUCGAUACCAUACCAACAUAUGGUUUUUAAUACUUGCAUCAAGUAAAUCAUACCCCUAUUUUAUUUUAUGAAUGAAACCAUGUAACAUGCUCUAUUUGGCCCGUUUAUUUUACAGCCAAAUACGAUUAAUUUUGAUAAUAAAACAUAUGUUUUAAGUAAA